UCACACGCUUCCAUGUAUGCACGCUUAUGAUAGAAGCAAGCCAGAAGAUGGUUGCUGUGGAGAUACCAGUGGUUAAAGUCAAAAAGAAGUCGGAGGCUGCCAGCGGAGAUGAGAGAGUUGAGGACAAGAAGGUUAAGAAAGAGAAGAAAAAACGAAAAAACGAAAAACUUGAGGGAGAGGAGGAGUGCAUAGGAGAAGCACAAAAGGAGAAGAAGAAAAAGAAUAAAGGUGAGAACAUUGUGAAGGUGGAGGGGUCCUCAGACUGUAAUGGAAAUAUUAAAAAACAAGCAAAGGAGAAAAAGAAGAAAGCUGCUACCAAUGACGCAAAUGAUGCCAGCAGUCACCAUGACAGAGAGAAUGAAACGGACAGUGAAAUCGGCAAAAAGAAGAAAAACGGUAAACAAAUCGCCGAUGACGACUUUAUCAAAGUUGAGGAAGUUGAUGUUGGAGAAAUUUCUCAGUGCACAAUAAAGGAAGGUCAAAUGGAAAAUGAGGAGAAAAAACAGAGGAAAAAGAAGUUCAUGCCGGAAAAGGAAUCCGGACCAGCGGAGGGAAAUAUAAAUGUAGAUGGAGGAGAGAAAGAGGGGAGAGAAGGAAAAGUAGAGGUGAAAACUUCAAAGAAAGCCAAGAAAGGUCAGGCAAAUGAUUUUACACUCGCUGUGGAGACUGGACAGCAAAGUCACAAAAGGAGAAAAAAGACCACCGACCCUGAAGAAGGAGAGGAUGGAGUAAUGGUUGCAAAAAAGAAAGCUAAAAAGACAUUGGAUCAGAAUGCAGAGAGUUUAGGGGCAUCAGAGGGAGAGACUGGGGUAGUCAUAGAAGAAAUGGUGAAAAAGAAGACAAAAAAGGUGAAGACGAAGCUUCAAGCUGCAACCAAGGAAGAGGCAAAGAAGGCUGAAACGCUGGAGGUCCAACAGAAAACCAAGAAGAAGAAAGCACACUUUACCUCAGCCGAGGAUGACUCUGAAGCUAAAGUGAAGGAAGAGGUGGAGGAGAAAGAAAUAAAAAAGAAGAGAAAGAAGAGUAAAAAUAAGAAAGGCAUAAAGAAUAAGGGGGGAAAAGAUUCUGAAGAGGAAGAGCCUAGUGGAGUGGAAGGGAGAGAACCAAAAUGGAAGAAGAUGAAAAAGAUAAGAGAGGAGGACCAACUAUUAUCCCAUGAGACAGAAGCCAAGAAGGUAGGCCUGGGAACAGAAACAUCUGUCAUAACGGCGAGCAACACAAAAAGCAAGAAAAAGAAGGCAAAGAGGAGCUUCUCUGAGGUAGAAAAAGAAGUGGAGGAGGAUGAAGACACACAGGAGACUAGUCGAGUCAUGACAAAGAAGAUCAAAAAAUUAGAGCAGGUUUCUUAUAAAGAACAGGAAGCCCAAGGGGCAGCCCCCCAGGUAGAUGCGGUUUUCCGGUCAGAAAAGAUUGGAAACACAGACAUGCCCAUCAGCCAGGAAAGAAGACUGGCUGUCCAGACGGAGACUGACAAAGCAUCUCAUCCUCAAGUACCAGCUAAACUUGGGGGCUUUGGCCAGUGGGGCACUGCCCAGUUCGACAGCUCCGAGAAACAGCAAAAAUUCCUGCGGCUAAUGGGUGGAUUCAAGAAGGGCUUUCAGUCAACUGGGGCGAGCAGUGGACCAGCAAACAUGGCACUGAAUAAGGAGGGACAGCACAGCUUACAACAAGGACUCCUAGGAGAGUUUGAGCGCGCUCAGUCCAGACGCAUGGACUACAGCAGCAAGGGCGCUGGACUUGGGUUUGCAGCACCAUCCAACAAGAAGUUCUCUAUUGACAUCGAUGCAUGUCGAUCAGUCCGUUUUGAUACUUGAUG